AUGACACGACCCGUGCCAAGAAGACAUGCUUUUGACACAGCGGACUCGGACCUUUUUGAGCGGCAAGAGGCAGCGCUCUCCUUGUGGGCGGAAAAGUUUAAGGAGAGACAGCGGCUCUUCGCGGAGCGAGAGCACGUCUUCGAGGGGACUCGCCUGGCUCUGGGCGGGCCUCGGAGACGCCGCGUUCUUCCACCUGCUGCCUCACCUGCACCGGAGCAUCCGCCGCGGAGAGUGGGCGUUUCUCGCUGCGCUUCAGCGGCUCCCGCUCUCGCGGCUCCGCUCCUCGCUGACACGCCACCUGCCUCAUGCACCGGACCUUCAGCCUCGCCACGGCACAGCGGCUCCGCCUCCCAUCUCGGCUCAACGGAGGCUCCCGCGCCAGAGGCUCGGCUGUGUACCCCGCCCGCUCGCGCCCGCCGCCAUCGCACUUCCCAUUCGGAGCUGCAGCACCCGGUGACACCAUCUCAGACCACUGCUAAAGACAUUAUCCCCGCUACACCUGAUAAUUUCUCCCACUCAAUCACCAUUUCCUCACCCAUUACUCAACCUUUUUUUGCCAGCACAGUGGCUCAGAUUCAGCCUUCCCCUUCACCUGUUUCACCUUCUCAGGUGAAGGCAGCUAGGGCUCAGCCUGUCUCUGUGGCAUCCCCACCUGUGCCAGCUCCCAGGACGAGAGCAGCUGUGACCCAGUCUACCUCCACACCCGUUCCUGUUUCUCGGGUGGGGGUGACUGGUGUCCAGCCACCUCCCGUGCCUGUCCCAGCACCCAGGGUGAAGGCCGCUAGAACCCAGCCUGACCUCCCUAGAGGCUCAGAAGAGCCAGCCUCUCCACCUGUCAGUUCACCUCUUCAUCCACCUCCUGAUCCAGCCUUUCACGCCCUCGCACUAUCCCUGGUUAGGCUAGAUGAGGUGUCCCCUGCCCAGGCACCAGCUUUACUAGCCCAGGCUGUAGCUCAGCCGUUAGCCACACCAACCUCAGCUCCGUCGUCAGCUUGGCCUACCUCUGUUCAUCCCUUAGCAUCCCCACUCCAGUCAGUUCCCUCACCUGCUGUUCAGCCUCCAACCCAGUCAGUUCCCUCACCUGCUGUUCAGCUCCCAGCCCAGUCAGUUCCCUCUCCUGCUGUUCAGCUCCCAGCCCAGUCAGUUCCCUCUCCUGCUGUUCAGCUCCCAGUCCAGCCAGUUCACUCACCUGCUCUCCAGUCUGCUCCUGUCCAGUCACCUGUAGCUCAGGCUGCUCCAGUCCAGUCAGUCCAGUCGCCUCCUGCCCAGUCAGUCCAGUCGCCUCCUGUAGCCCAGUCUCCUCCUGUCCUCCAGUCUCUUGUAGUCCAGUCUCAUCCCGUCCUCCAGGCCUCUGUAGUCCAGUCAUUCAUCCACCAUCCUGUUCAGUUCCUGAACCUGCAGCCACAGCAUCCAGAGCCAGCUGUGAGCUCUCCCGCUCCUCAGCCAGGGGUUUCCGCACCCGCUGGCCCGGCCGCUCCUCAGCCAGGGGUUUCCACACCCUCUGGCCCUGCCUGUCUCCAGCCAGGAGUUUCCGCGCCUCCUGGCCCUGCCCGUCUCCAGCCAGGGGCUUCUGCACCUCCUGGCCCUGCCUGUCUCCAGCCAGAGGCCUCCGCGCCUACUGGCCCAGCCUCCGAAGCUGUUGCUCCGUCACCGCCGGCUCCCAUGCCGUCGCCUGGUCAAACCUCGGCCUCGGCUCAAGCUUCUGCCUCUGCGUUAGCCUCGCCUGGUCCUGCGGCUGCCACGCCGUCGCCCAAGCCACGUUCUGGACGUCGCUGCCGUCUUCCUCGCGGCCGCCCACCGGACCUUCUCGGUGGCCGCCGCCGUCUUCCUCACGGCCGCCCACCGGACCUUCUCGGUGGCCGCCGCCGUCUUCCUCGCGGCCGCCCACCGGCCGCCCACCAUUAUCCUGCACCGCGAGUCCAGCGUUUGGGUCAUCUCUUCCUCACCUCCACACACGACACUCCUGACAUGUCCUGCAGGUUUUAGAUGUGUUCUUGAUCCAACACAGCUGAAUAAAUAGCUAAAUUAGCUCUUCAACAUGUCUUGAAGUUCUCCAGGCUGUGUCUAAAUUCAGGGAAAGGAUGCUUCCGAAGAUCCUACCUACCUGCUCCAUGAAGGUAGGAUCAUUCGAGGGCCGGGUAGAAUUCAAGUGAGCGGCUGUGAAAUUGGACAGCCUUCUAGCCUUCGUUCAAAUCUGCCCUUACUUCCGCGUUUUUACGGCCGCUAGCGCCACAGCGCAAAAACUUUAAAAUGAGCCCAGAAAUGUCGCUCCGUGUUUUUGUACAUUUUUAGCCUUCAAGGAGCUAGAAAAACUUUGGGGGUGUCCAAAUUCAUAGGCUGCAUUCUCCUGCACCCGCAUUUGUAGACCAAUUGCGUCACAGUGACGCGACAAAGGCUGUCCAAAUUCGUAGACUCCGGCAAAUGCAGCCAACAAAUGCGUCCUUUUCCCCAUAUUUGAAGGAUGGGUCAGGUGUAUCUGU